AGGGCUUUUCGAUCCAUAUUCUAGAUCAUCACUCGGCUGCGUCUGGAGUCACUGCUAUACACACAAACAACACGGAUACCUCCUCGUACUGCUGUAGAUGAGUUCUGAAUAAGCCCGACACCGCACAUCUACAUAAACAUCUGCCCGUCCAUCACCAACCACAAACCAUCAACAACCCCAACCCAGCCCUUCAGCCGGCGUGGGUGAAAGUAUCGGCCACCAGCCAUCAGCAACCAAUAUCGCAACAUCAUCAUGGCGUAUAACGAGGAUGCUGUGCUCUCUAAGCUCUCUGCACUCACUGAGACUCAUGAGAGUAUUGCAACCACCGCCCAGUGGAUCAUGUUCCAUCGGCGACAUGCUGCCCAGACUGUCCAUCUCUGGUUGACCAAGCUGAAGGACCUCCCCAGUCCCAAGAGGCUCAACAUGAUUUAUCUUGCAAACGAGGUGACGCAGCAAUCAAAAGCUCGCAAUAAGGAUGACUUCCUUCAGGCUUUCUCACCCUUCAUCGCGGAUGCAACCGCGUUGUCUUAUAAGGGCGCCUCGUCAGACAUCCAGAACAAGCUCCGAAGGGUUGUCGAUGUUUGGAGAGAGCGCAAGAUAUUCCCCAUGGAAGUCCAGGAUGCUAUAGACUCUCGACUAAGAGAGCUUGACUCAGCCCGCUCCGGUGGCCCAAUGUUCGGUUCCACAUCAUUAUCGACGCCAGCUGCAACGGUGCCUCCAGAAUUGGCGCCCUUGGUUACCUCACAGCAAGCAGUUACCAAGAGUGCCCAGGCGCUGAAGACAAGCCUUACUACCGCCAAUUCGGACUACAGCAAGCUGAUGGAUCCGGUCUACGCUCCUCCUCAGGCGCCAGUGUAUGCUGCGCGACUCAAUGGGCUGCUUAAGAACCUCGCCAAUGCUGAGGGGGCUGUCACGGAGUGCAUCAAGACCCGCGAGGAGCUUAUCAGUGCCUUGGAGAAGAUGUUGAACUCUAACCGGCAGGCCCUGGACGCUGAGCAGUCACAGCUGAGGGAUCUAGGCACCCGUAAGACGGCAGUCGAGGAGAAGAAGCAAGCAAUUGAGCUCAGCAUCAUCGGCGGCUUGCCUCACAAUGCCCAAGAGCCGGCUACCGGCGAGGAGCGUGCCCCAACCAGCUCGGAUGGCCACGACAUCGCCCGUCCCCAGGUCGAAGCACUCACGCCUCCUCAUGUCCAAGAUCACGACGAUUUCUACGACAAUCACCCGUCUGAGCAACAACAGCCGCAGAACGGUCAUGCCCACCCAACCGGAUCCGCCCCUGGCAUUGAGAUGCUGUCCGCCCUCGCUUCGCAAUAUGAGUCUGUUCCGACUCGCGAGGCCAAGAAGCGCAAGAUCGACGAGACCGAGGACUUUCCUGAUGUAGGCAUAGAUGCCGAUGUCGCUGAGAUGGUUCGGAAGGAAAGCACGGCUUAGAAGGCAAUUUCGGUUGGAUCUUCGCCAAAGGUUAAAGAAGGGGAUAAGGCUCUGUAGGCCAGGAAAUUUAUUGCAAUUCUCCGGCCGUUUUGGUUACAUUGCCUGCGGCCCAGCUGGUCUAGGGGAACGAUAAUGGCUGUAUGGCGAGAAUCAUCAUUCACAUGGCAUUUUGGCGCGGGCCUGAAACCUUCUCUGGAGAGAGUGUGGAGGUACAGAAGGACAGAACUAUUAUGGCGUGCUUCAUUCUUGACGGGCAAAUGGAAGCUCAUAUGGCCAGUCAGUUAGCUGUAGAGAGAUAUCGUAAUUGAAUUGAGAGGCAGUCAAACAAGCAAUUGUAUUUUUCGUCCUUUUUCUUGUCUUUGGUGACCUUUGAAUAUGAUGACGUCCGCAGAGUUCCAGGAGCUCCAAUACCCCUGAGGUAGUGGCAUGGGCCAAGCUUGAGCACGGGCCACUUAUGGAAGCUGCCGACAUCGUGA